AGGAGACGUUCUCUUUCAGAUGGCCGAAGUCCACAGGCAGAUUCAGAAUCAGUUGGAAGAGAUGCUGAAGUCUUUCCACAAUGAGCUGCUCACACAGCUGGAGCAGAAGGUGGAGCUGGAUUCCAGGUACCUGAGCGCCGCAUUGAAGAAAUACCAGACGGAGCAAAGGAGCAAGGGUGACGCUCUGGACAAGUGCCAGGCCGAGCUGAAGAAACUCCGCAAGAAGAGCCAGGGCAGCAAAAACCCGCAGAAGUACUCGGACAAGGAGCUGCAGGUAGGACUCGGGCCCGCUGUCAUGACUCCGGCGGCCCCUUGAGCGAGCAGUGCCGAGGAAGCAUUCCCCUCCCUGGGCCCUCUUGGUGGACCUGGGCAGAGCCGGGCUCUGUUCUCCCGGUGGGUUUGGGGCAGCGAGUACCUCCCAUCCUAGAGCCGGCAGAUGGCCGGCGUGGGCCUACGGCCCCCCUGCCCUGCUCUCGGAGCCUCGGUGGGGCACUGGAAGG